CAGAAAGCAUGCUCGUGGGGCUUUAUACACCGGAACUGCCUCAUGAAAGCAACUUUUAUCCUUGGAUAUUCUUUCCGAAGCUGGGCUGCCUGUUGUAUCUUUUUUUCACACACGCUGCAACAUCAGGAUGUCGACAUCAAACGGAGUCCUCGAUUCACUUGUUGCUUUCCGCUACGGGAGUCUGCCCACUUUAGACAGUCGUAUUCUGGCCAGACUGGCUGUAACUGUGCUUGUUGCUCCCAUUGUCACUUUGCUUCUUUGGUUCACAUUUUCAUGGGCUACAUCUCCAUUGCGUGGGUAUCCAGGCCCCUUCCUCGCCGGAUACACAAACCUCUGGCGUCUUUAUCAUGUAAGAACCGGCAAGUAUGAGUUGACCAUGAAGAGGCUUCACGACAAGUAUGGACCAGUGGUGCGCAUUGGUCCCAACUUACUGGAUCUCGAUUACCCCGAGUUAUCCAAACUGUUGUAUGGCACAGAUGGAAAAUGGCGCAAGACCGAGUUCUACCACAACAACAGUGCCCUCGUCAAUGGGAAAAUUACCUACCGUUUGUUGCCUUCAAUGCCUGGACGUCCUAGAGUUGUGGCUGACAACACAAUAGAUAUGUUCAGCACCACCGAUCAGACUGAGCACGCUCAAAUGAAGCGUCCGAUUGUCAAGCAUUACUCUCUCGGCAGUGUACUGGCCCUCGAGUCACACAUGGACAACGUUCUCGGAGAGCUCAUGCAACAGCUCGACAAUCGUUUUGCCAAAGGCGGUCAGGGGACCUGUGAUUUGGGAGAAUGGGUUGCAUUCUAUGCCUGGGACCUCAUCACCUCGGUCACCUUCUCCAAAUCCUUCGGCUACAUGACCCAAGGUCACGACUUUGACAGCUCCAUCACCACAGCCGACAAAUCCCUCGACUACUUCGCCUCCGUCGGCCAGAUCCCUUGGCUGGACUUCCUCCUCGACAAGAACCCCAUCCUCCGCAUCGGUCCCCCCAACCUCAGCAACGUCACCAACAUCGCCAUGACCUCUCUCAUCGCCCGCAUGCAAGGUCAAGACAAGAACUUCAACCCCAAGGUCCCCGACUACCUCCAACACUUUAUCGAUUCCAAGAAUACCCAUCCCGACACCGUCCACGACGGCAUGGUGUUUGGGUAUUUGCUCGUCAACCUCAUCGCGGGAGCAGACACGACAGCCAUCACUAUCCGAGCCAUCUUUUACUACGUCUUGAAGAACCCAGCCGUCUACGCCCGUCUGGUAGGGGAGAUUCGUUCAGCGGGGAUUGAAAACUCCAACGCCUUUCCUCACUCUCAAGCUCGCCAGCUGCCCUACCUCGAGGCUGUGGUCAGGGAGGCGCUCCGUGUUCAUCCUGCUGUGGCUAUGCCGCUUGAGCGUUAUGUCCCUGCUGAGGGGUUCACCCUUCCCAACGGCGACUUUGUUCCUGGCGGGGUGGCCGUUGGUAUCAAUCCUUAUAUUGGCAACAGGAACAAGACUGUUUGGGGUUCUGAUGCGGACGAGUUUAGGCCUGAGAGGUGGUUGCGGGAUGUCAAAGGUGGGGAGACCGAUGAGGAGUAUAAAAAGAGAAUGCAAAAGUGGAAUGCCUGUGACUUGAGCUUUGGGGCUGGGUCGAGGAUUUGUUUGGGGAGGAACUUGGCGUUGGUGGAAACGUAUAAGCUUGUGGCCACGGUUUUGAAUAGGUAUGAGGUUACGCUGGCGGAUCGGGAGAGGGAGUGGGAGACGGUUAAUAGUUGGUUUUGGAGGCAGAAGGGGGUAGAGGUUAGACUCAGGGGUAGGGUUUAGAUUGCAUUUGCUUGAUGUUAGAUUUAUGGAGGGCCUAUGCGACGAGAAAAGCUUAUUUGCA